UUUAGUGGUUUAAGAUGGCGGAAUCAACCGCUAAGAGAACGAUCGCGAGUGCCCAGACGAAGACAGGUCAAGUUCGCGAAUUUUCAUCAGAUGAAGAUGCUUACAAGUUCAUAUCUGAUGAGGAAUCUAGAACCUACAAGAAAUAUCAAAAACCCCAAACUGUUCCAAACUUUCACGAUAAUACAUCUGGAUGUCAUAUAUGUUGGGAUGAUGUCAACAAUUUCAGUCGAUGUGGAUCUAGUUUGUCAUAUGACGGUAUUCCCUUCAUUAUUUUGGGGAAUGAAGAAAUGGCAUGCAUACAAGAUCCUUGCAAGGGAAAUCGAAAACGAAAAUUAAUGAGUGAUGGUGAUCACGAUUAUGGGGUACUGGAGAAAACAACCUGUCUAGCACGAGUUAAGAUAUGCAAGAUUAUCAAAUUUCCCCAAUUCAAGAAUAAAGGUAGAGACACAAAAGGUAUGAGGACAAUUUUGUCUGAGAAACUGAAGGAACUUUUCAAACAAGAGACAACAGUAAAGGAGUACAAGGUGUUUGUGAGAAUGCCAGAGGAGGAUGAGCAUGAUUACACUCCUCCACCAGAAGUAGAAAUAGAGGGUCCAGUUAAAAUUCCAUUAAAUGAUCUACUGAAGUCCCUCCCUAAGAAAUUGUUAGGAAGCAUGGUAAAACAGGAGCCGAUUGAGGUUCAAGACACCAGAACUGAUGCUAUGACGAUUACAGGAGCAAAGGAGAAGGUUGUGCAGAAGUGUGACAUAGGGAAUGUACAGCAUACUAAAGGGGAAAUAGACCUGGCAUCUACCUCACCAAGGAACAUAGCUGCCACUGCUCUGGUUUCCAUGAACACUGUAUCAGCAAUACCUAAACAAGUUUCCCUCUCAGCAAUGUCUUCACAGACUACGUCAGAGUCUCAAGUGGCCACGUCAUCAGCACAGUUGUUUCUGUUAGAAACACAAGGCCAGAUUCCAAAGUAUGUAAUGUUAAACACAACACAAGUUGACGUGGGAGAGAGAGCGCCAAAUACGAUGACACCAGUACGAACUGCCCAGUCAGCCAAAAAGCCAAGAAUGAGUUUUAAUGGGAAUAAUGAUGUGACAGGUGCAGUUGCGUUACCAGCAAGGACAGUGAAGCCAGUGCCUUGGAGAGGUAUAGAGGGCAGCGUGACUGUGUCUGAUACCUGUUUCUACACACAAGAUAGAAAUGUCAUGGAAGAAUGUAUCCAGAAAUAUGAAGAUGAAACAUACAGUGUAUUUCGCUGCAAUAAAACCACAAACACUAAAGUUUCAGAAUUGAUAGAGGUAUCAAGUUUGGACAAUCAUCGUGUGCGAUGGUGUCCUCUCAGUGAACAGUGGAAGCCCGCCGACUAUGUGCCUGAUAAUAUCCCCUACUUGGUAUUGAGAAUAGAAAGUCGAAUGUGUCGCUUCAGUAGCAAGCUCAGAUCGAGUAAAUCAAAGAAAUUGAAGAAGAAGGAGUGGUGUGUGUCAUGUAACAGACCACCAGAGGAGCAGAAGAGUAGCACAGAUGUAUGUACCUGCAGACUUCGUAAGACACAGAAGCCAAUGCAGAAAAUGCCUUGUCCAGCUGUUAUUGCCAUACACACCAUCAUCAGAUAUUCAGAUUUCAGGGCUGAUACCAAAAAGAAAAGAGUUGAGAUGUCAAAAAACCUCAAAUGUGGUUUGGGGCUAAUACAAAAGUUCAAAAUGAGACUUCGUCAAGAGAGACGUAUAUAUGUGACCGUGCCCAGAACUGAAGUCCAUCAAAACCAUCCCAUCUUCAAGGUUCCGAAGCUGGAUAAUCCCUGUUGUCCGUGCCACAGGACAGGAACUUGUGGGAAGUGUCAGUGUAAAUUAACAGGCUGUUUAGGAUGUAACAACAACGAAUGUCGCUACAGGGACUCGGAGGGCAAUUUCAAACCCUUAAGACAAGUUAAAAAGAAGAAGAAGAGGAUGAGAAGGUGCAAAGGAUCUCCAUAUGCUGCCAAAAGUAUUCGUAACAUUCGGAUUAAUCCAGACGAAUUAUCACUCAAUGAACAGCUGAACAGAGAAGCAGAGCUGGAAGUCUUUCAAGAAAAUUCAGUUGUCCUGAAAAUGCAGCAAGAAAUAAUGGGGAUGUCGCUUGAAAAUGCACGGAGCACGCUGCUACAGAUGCUGGAAGAUGACCCUGUCCAUGUGGAGUCGUACGUAAGCCCAGACAACGCCCCCUACCAUCGAGUCCAGAUCGACACGCCCCCUAAAUGGUGCUCUUGUACCCAGUGUGUAGAGAUGGACAACAGCAGUAUGGAGAUGUGCUGUGCUCAGAAACCCUGCCUCAGUUUUCACCCCAUGUUUCGCAGUGUGUGUCUCAGGCCAGACCACCUUCUCAUGGGUAUACUAGACUUAGGGUUACCAGCUGAAAGCUUUUCAGAGCUCGGCAAUGUCUCCAACGCACAAUACAGACGACAAGCGUAUCGCUGCUUCAUCUUGUGGCAAUGGCACAACCUUGGUAAAGGGGAAAUAGAGGUACCCAAACCUCCCAGCUGUGUGGUGGCCAGAAUAAGGUGGCGCUAUCCCUCCAUUGACAACCAUUUCGGUGAUACCUUCUCUCCAGAGAGUGACUUUGAGGAAGGUAAUAAGUGAAUUAAACAUUAUUUCAAUCUGUUGACAGCACAACUGAGAGACAUUCAGAUUAAAUCUGGGACAGUCAGAAACUUUAGUGACAUUUAAUGGCUACUUGCAUUACAAUCAGGAUCUAUCUACAAAGAUUAUCAUUCAUAGUAUAAAUAAUUGCUGGGCAUUUAAUUUCGCACUUAUCUUUUGUGACCACAAAUGUAGCGAAAUUAAAUCCCCUGCGAAUAUUACCAACUGUACAGUUAAUUAUUUAUGUUCUUUUAAAAAUGAUACAUAUAUGUAGACUUACAGAAUGUAAGAGCCAUACUUAUAUAGUUUUCCAGGAUAUUCCAUUCACAUACAAAUACGUUCUUGGUGGUUUUGUUUUGGUUCAAGCUCAUGUCCUUGAAAUUGAUAUUCAGAUAGAGAUAGUGCUCCGACAUCAAUCUUGUAGUGCUCCGACAUCAAUCUUGUA